GCGGGAGCGGGGCCGAGCGGGCGGCGCGGAGCGGCGGCUGCGCUGUGUCGCUCCGGCUGCUGCGGGCACCAUGGAGCCGGCGGCCUGAGAGCGCAGAGACCGGCCCUGCCCCGACAUGCCCGCCGGGCCCUUCGGCGCAGGUGUUUGGAUCGUAGCAUAGAGGCACUAUGUACUCAGAGUGGAGGUCCUUGCAUCUUGUCAUUCAAAAUGAUCAGGGUAAUACCAGUGUCCUUCACAGCUAUCCCGAAAGCGUGGGCAGAGAAGUGGCAAAUGCAGUGGUGCGUCCUCUUGGACAAGCUUUAAUUACAUCAUCUGUUGGAAGUGAGAGCUUACUAAAAACAGACAAAGAAGUAAAAUGGACUAUGGAGGUGGUUUGCUACGGGCUGACCCUCCCUCUGGACGGCGACACUGUCAAAUACUGUGUGGACGUGUACACAGACUGGAUCAUGGCUCUUGUGUUACCCAAGGACUCCAUCCCUUUACCAGUCAUUAAGGAACCAAACCUUUAUGUUCAAAGCAUUCUCAAACAUCUCCAAAAUCUCUUUGUCCCGAGGCCAGACCCAGGAUCUAGUCAGAUUAGAUUGUGCUUGCAGGUUUUGAAGGCUGUCCAGAAGCUGGCUCGGGAGUCGACCAUCAUGGCAAGAGAAACCUGGGAGGUUCUGUUGUUGUUUCUCCUUCAGAUCAAUGACACUCUUCUAGCAGCUCCAACUGUGCAAGGUGGCAUUGCUGAGAGCCUGGCAGAGAAGCUGAUCGGGGUGCUGUUCGAGGUGUGGCUGCUGGCCUGCACUCGGUGCUUCCCCACUCCGCCCUACUGGAAAACUGCCAAAGAGAUGGUGGCCAACUGGAGACACCACCCUGCAGUGGUGGAGCAGUGGAGCAAGGUCAUCUGUGCCCUGACCUCCAGGUUGCUGCGGUUCACCUACGGCCCUUCCUUUCCUCCGUUUAAAAUUCCCGACGAAGAUGCUGGUCUGAUCCCUCCCGAGAUGGACAAUGAGUGCGUUGCACAAACCUGGUUUCGCUUUUUGCACAUGCUGAGCAAUCCUGUGGAUUUGAGUAACCCAGCCAUUAUUAGUUCUACCCCCAAGUUUCAGGAGCAGUUUCUGAAUGUGAGUGGGAUGACUCAAGAACUGAACCAGUACCCCUGCCUUAAACAUCUGCCUCAAAUAUUCUUUCGUGCCAUGCGUGGGAUCAGCUGUUUAGUGGAUGCGUUCCUAGGCAUCUCUCGGCCCCGCUCUGACAGUGCUCCCCCAACGCCAGUGAACAGGCUGAGCAUGCCCCAGAGCACUGCCACCAACACGACCCCACCCCACAACCGACGGCAUCGGGCGGUGACUGUGAACAAAGCCACCAUGAAAACCAGCACUGUAACUACUGCACAUCCCUCAAAAGUGCAGCACCAACCCUCCUCUACUUCUCCACUCUCUAGCCCAAACCAGACAAGUUCUGAGCCACGGCCGCUACCAGCUCCACGCAGGCCAAAGGUUAACAGCAUCCUGAACCUCUUUGGAUCCUGGUUAUUUGAUGCAGCAUUUGUUCACUGUAAACUUCACAAUGGAAUCAACAGAGACAGCAGCAUGACUGCAUCUUUUAUCCAAAUUCUUCUUUCUUAUAAAUCUUCUAUAGCAACUCAGGCCAGUGUGGAGUUCCGCCGCAAGGGCUCGCAGCUGUCCACCGACACCAUGGCCUCCGCCGGCUUCGACGCCGCCGACGUCCCGGACAACUACGAGGCGGGCAGGGCAGAGGCGUGCGGGACGCUCUGCAGGAUCUUUUGUAGCAAGAAGACUGGGGAGGAGAUCUUGCCAGCUUACCUCUCCCGAUUUUACAUGCUUUUAAUUCAGGGUUUACAGAUAGCGGACUUCGUUUGCCACCCUGUGCUUGCCAGUGUCAUUCUGAACUCCCCUCCUCUCUUCUGUUGUGACCUGAAAGGAAUUGAUGUGGUAGUUCCCUAUUUCAUUUCAGCUCUGGAAACUAUUCUGCCUGACAGAGAACUGUCCAAGUUUAAAAUCUAUGUAAACCCCACAGAGCUGAGGAGAGCCUCGAUUAACAUCUUGCUGUCUCUGUUGCCUCUCCCUCAUCAUUUUGGAACCGUAAAGUCUGAGGUUGUCCUGGAAGGGAAGUUCAGCAAUGACGACAGCUCCAUUUAUGAUAAGCCAGUAACCUUCCUUUCCUUGAAGCUGAGGCUUGUGAAUAUACUGAUAGGAGCUCUGCAAACAGAAACGGAUCCCAACAACACUCAAAUGAUACUAGGUGCGAUGCUCAACAUCGUGCAGGACUCGGCGCUGCUGGAAGCCAUCGGCUGUCAGAUGGAAACAAACGGUGGGGAGAGCCACCUGCUGAAGAGCCACAGCCGCACCAACAGCGGCAUCAGCACCGCGAGCGGUGGCAGCACCGAGCCCACCACGCCGGACAGUGAGAGGCCGGCACAGGCCCUGCUCAGGGACUACGCUCUUCAUACAGAUACAGCUGCUGGCCUGCUGAUCCGCAGCAUUCACCUGGUCACCCAGAGACUCAACUCGCAGUGGAGGCAGGACAUGAGUAUCUCCCUGGCUGCACUGGAGCUUCUGUCUGGACUGGCAAAGGUGCGGGUGGCAGUGGAGUGCGCAGACCGGCAGCGCGCCAUCAGCUCCGUCUGCAGCUACAUUGUGUACCAGUGCAGCCGCCCAGCCCCGCUGCACUCCCGCGACCUGCACUCCAUGAUCGUCGCUGCCUUCCAGUGCCUCUGUGUCUGGCUCACCGAGCACCCUGACAUGCUGGACGAGAAGGACUGUUUAAAAGAGGUGCUGGAGAUUGUGGAGCUGGGCAUUUCGGGAAGUAAAUCCAAAAACAGUGAGCAAGAGGUCAAGUACAAAGGAGAUAAAGAGCCAAACCCUGCAUCCAUGAGAGUGAAGGAUGCUGCUGAAGCUACACUAACAUGCAUUAUGCAGUUGCUCGGAGCAUUCCCUUCUCCCAGUGGCCCUGCCUCCCCCUGCAGCCUGGUGAACGAGGCCACGCUGAUCAGGUACUCGCGGCUGCCCACCAUCAACAGGCACAGCUUCCGCUACUUCGUCCUGGACAACAGUGUCAUCCUGGCUAUGCUGGAGCAGCCCCUGGGCAACGAGCAGAAUGACUCUUUCCCCUCUGUCACGGUUUUGAUCCGUGGGACGUCUGGAAGACUUGCAUGGGCCCAGCAACUCUGUCUUUUACCAAGAGGAGCCAAAGCAAAUCAAAAGACUUUUGUCCCAGAGCCUCGUCCAGCUCCUAAGAACGACGUGGGGCUGAGGUACAGUGUGAAGCACCGCCCCUUCCCUGAGGAGGUGGACAAGAUCCCCUUUGUGAAAGCUGACCUCAGCAUUCCCGAUUUGCAUGAAAUUGUCAAUGAGGAGCUGGAAGAGCGACACGAGAAGCUGAGGAAUGGCAUGGCCCAGCAGAUUGUUUUUGAGACUUCCAUCGACCAGAAGAGCGAAGAGGAGUGGCGGAAGAAGAGCUUCCCUGACCCCGUCACGGAGUGCAGGCCCCCGCCGCCGGCACAGGAGUUCCAGACAGCUCGCCUCUUCCUCUCCCACUUCGGCUUCCUCUCCCUGGAGGCACUGAAGGAACCUGCUAACAGUCGUCUACCUCCUCACCUGAUUGCACUUGACUCUGCCCUUCCUGGGUUUUUUGAUGACCUUGGCUACUUGGAUUUACUUCCGUGUCGUCCUUUUGAUACUGUUUUCAUUUUCUACAUGAAGGCAGGCCAGAAGACAAGCCAGGAGAUCCUGAAGAACAUGGAGUCUUCCAGAAUUGUUCAGCCACACUUCCUGGAGUUCUUGCUGUCUCUGGGCUGGUCUGUUGAUGUGGGGAAGCACCCUGGGUGGACUGGCCAUGUCUCCACAAGUUGGUCAAUCAAUAGCUGCAGUGAUGAAGAGGCACCUGAACAAGAUGACCUGGCUGUUUCAGGGGAUGUGGGGGCGAGCAUCUUCAACGGGCAGAAGAAGGUUCUCUACUACGCCGACGCCCUGACAGAAAUAGCUUUUGUGGUGCCGUCGCCCGCGGAGUCCCUCACCGAUUCCCUGGACAGCACUGCCUCUGACCAGGAGAGCGACUCCAACGUGGAUCUGCUGCCAGGAAUAACCAAGCAGCAGUCCCUGACACUGGAACUCUUCCCCAGUCACACAGACAAUCUGAACCCUUCCCAGCGGCUCAGUCCUACUUCCAGAUCCAAGAGGGUGCCUCAGGGCCGCACAAUUCCGCCAAUGGGACCUGAAACCAAAGUCUGUGUGGUCUGGGUGGAGCGCUACGAUGACAUAGAAAACUUCCCUCUCCCAGACCUGGUGUCUGAGACCAGCACUGGUGUGGAAACCACAGCCAACAGUAAUGCUUCCCUAAGAUCUACCACUCCUGAGAAGGAAGUUCCUGUGAUCUUCAUCCAUCCUUUAAACACUGGCUUGUUCAGGAUAAAGCUGCAGGGAGCAACUGGGAAAUUCAACAUGGUUAUCCCCCUGGUGGAUGGGAUGAUAGUCAGCAGGAGAGCGCUCGGGUUCCUGGUGCGGCAGACGGUGAUCAACAUCUGCCGCAGGAAGCGGCUGGAGAGCGACUCCUACAACCCCCCCCACGUGCGCCGGAAACAGAAGAUCGCAGACAUCGUCCACAAGUACCGCAACCGGCAGCUGGAGCCCGAGUUCUACACCGCGCUCUUCCAGGAGCUGGGGCUCCGCAGCUGCAGCCCCUAGGCCGCUGCCCCGCCGGGACAAUGGCAGCCGAGCUCGGUGGCGACAGUAACGGGAGCAGGUAAAGAGCAUCAGCCACUGGGAUUCAGGAGAUGGCAGCGAGGCAGCUGCCAGCAGGCAGCGUGCGGGAGGAAUGAGAGGUGAGCCUGAAACGUGCAGCUGAGAUGUUGACUUCUUUGCCUACCCUCAGAAGAUUCCUUAGUUCCAGUCUUCCUGGAUGCUAGCAACAUAAUCUCUGCACCUAGUCUUCUACUCCAGACUAAUUAGGACCUGUUAAGUGUCUCAUUCUAGGAGAGCAGGACAAUCAAAGUCAUCACUGCAUGUGUGGAUGGAAACAGACUCCAAACAAACCUGCCUUUGAACAUCUCUCUACGCCACCUGGUACGGGAGAAGGGAGCAGGAUCUCUCCUUUGAGGAGAGUCUGUUUCAGAGCAUUAACUGUCCCUUCAAGAGCUGAAGAGACACUUUCAGCCCACUCCAAAGCUCAACAGAAGAUCACUCACUGUUCAUAACCAACUCGUGUCCCAGAAGCAAGAGGAGGAAGAUUGCUUGGAAUCAUCAGGUCAGGAAAUUCAUAGCCAAGGUGCUGUGCCUUGCAGUUCCCUCCAAGGCUGAGAGUCUACAGAGGAGAUUUCUGUCAGGCUGACAUCAGACCUGAAGUGUCCUGAGUGUGCAACAGAAGCUGUUAGUGGGUAGGGCUCUUGAUAAGAUAAACACAAGGUGAGGAUUUUCAGGCUUGUUGCAAAAUGUCACAAAUUGAUUUGUCAUUGUUUUUUUAAUGCAGCUACUUCACUCCCUCGGAAGUGUCUGCAUCACCUGCUCACUGUUCCCACAGCAAGUGUGAACAUCUGCACUGAAAUGGCUCUGGGCCUGCCUUCUGCCUGGUAUUUAUAGCAUAAGUAGCUUUUGCAGCUUCUACAACACUUCUCAGAAGAUGCUGUUGAACAAACUGAAACAGCUUGAAAAGAGAGAGCUUUGCCCCUUCCCUUGCCCUUCCUGCAGGGCACCUUUGGAGCCACAGCUUGCAACAGGCUGGGAGAUGCUGUACUGGGCAGUGGCAGUGCCCUCUUGCCUGGCUCUGCUUUCAUCUCCAGACUCUAGAUUUCACAUGUUGAGGCUGGGAGGAGAUGUUUAGGGCAGAGGGAAACUGGGCUCCUGGUGCAAUCCCAGCCAGUGCUGUGGUAGCAAAUGCUGCUGGGUGGUGGCUGCAGCAGCCCCUGGGGUUGUUUUCCUUCCAGUGAGCAGGUAGUGCCCCAGUCUGAGCGUGUGCAGGGAUCUGGGGGCUUCUCACCUUGUUCCAAAGUGUUUGUUAGCCUUUUACAAUGUGUUGCAGUAACAGCUCUCAGUCACAGGGUUGUGGUAUUUCAGGGUUACUGUUUGCAGCAGUUCUGGCCUGAAACAGUCUGAAUUGUUCCCUGCAGCUGCCCUGCUAAGGGCACUGCCUGCUGCUGCCUUUGGAGCUGGCUUUUCACAGAGUUAAUGGAAACAGAGGCCUCUGAAGAUAGAUGUGAAAGGACUCCUAGGGUGUCAGGCAAAGGGCGGCAGGCGAUGUGUGUGGUGCAGGGGACAAGCAGGCAGCCUCUCAGCCUGGGAGCUCUGGAUGCUCACCAGUGAGUGCACAGUGCAAAGAUGGAGCCCCGUAACGAGAAGCACUGUAGGAGCCAGCAUGGCUGCAAAUGGCAGGAGCAAGGCAGCACAGAGCUGUGAUGGGAAGCCUGGAGAGCUUCAAUCCUCUCAGGCUCUUGCACAGACACUAAAUUUAGCCACCUUGUGUAUGCACCUGUUGGAUCCAAUUAAUGCCAAGCACACUUUAGUCCACUGGUGUAAGAGGCAUGACCAAUGCAUGUGUAACAGGGUGCACCUCCUCAGUGACCUGAGGACAGAACCCAACUGCCAUGGCCAGGUGUGUGAUGGGCACAAAGGGAGCAAAGGCUCCUUCUGGCAGGCCUUGGGCUGCAGUUGCUAAUGGCAAGAUGAAUCUGGGGCAGCCUCAGAGUCCCUACAUGGCCCAGCCAGUUGGUGCCUGGACACAGUGCUUGGCUGAGGAGCAGUCUGGGGCUGUGUCCAGGCUCACCUUACACCUGGCAGCACUCACUUGAGCAGGAAGAGUCAUGCACCCUCAGAACUCCUGAAAGAGGGACAUAGCUGCUGGUGGUCCCCGCACAGGGAGGAGCAGUUGUCACAAGCUUGGCUUGAUUUGUUGACUCAGCCGGGUUAAGGUUAGCAGCAGUGGUAGACCUGACCCUCUCUACUGGCUUGGAAGAGCUGAGCCCCCGAGGAGGCUGCAGUUCAGCACUAAUGAGUCGCAGUUACUGCCACAAUGCCAUCCUACCUGGCUUGACUGUUGGUCGUGAGCCACUGGCAGACCUGUGCUGGUGGAAGGUGUCUGCAGGCAGCAUCCCUCCUUCCCCUGAGGCUUCAACUUCACCAUCAAAUGUCAAACAUGGAUGUGGGGAUUAAUCCUUGCUCUGGUGAGGUCAGACCCUGAAGGCUUCCACUGGUCCAGGGUGCAGCCAUGAGCUGCUUUCCCCAAGGGGGCAGAGCAGGGGACUUGUUCCAGCUGUGGCUGCAGGAAGCUCAGAGUCAGGAGCGCAAACUCUGCCCAUCACAGGCCGUUUAUUGGCUUCUCAGGCUGACAGCCUACGUUGCUUGGGCCUGUGUUCUGCUCCCCAGAGGGAACACGUGCUGACCCCGCACUGUGGCCUCGGUUUGGCCUUUUGGCCUUCCAGGUGAUAGUGCUGCAGAAGCUGGCUUGCAGAUGUGCCUAAGAAUUCAAGACUCUUCUGUUGGGUUCAUGUUUCUGCUGAAAGUGAUGGGGGGGAGGGGGCACUGUCACUGCAUUACAGCAUUGAGAUCCCAGGCAGUGCAGUGCCCGAACAAAGCCUUGUAAAGAAAAGUGGCUUUGAAAGGUUUUUGCCCCGCCCGCAGCGGACAGGAGGGACGGAGCUCAGGUGUCCCCUUGGGCAGCACCGCGGGCACGAGGCUCUGGGGCAGAGCAGCCCCUGCUGAUGGGCUGCUAGCACGUGCUGGGCUCUCCGUGUGUGAGGGCAGGGAUGUCCUGGGGGGCUCUGUGUGGCCAGAGGGAUGAGAGGGCUGAUCUUGAGGCUCUGAGGCAAAUGUGAUGUGAUUUAGUGGUGGCUUAGUGGAGCGGUGUCUUGGAAAGCAGACAAAGGCCUUUUUCAGAUGGGUUUUGGCAGGAGCAGUCGGGAGUGAGUGUCAGGUUCCAUGUGCUUCAGCUGCCAGCCGGUGUGUCUGGGCUCCUGGGUGUUGCCAAGAGAAGUUCUCUCUGUUCUUACUGUAUUUUCUGUAAAUACUGCUGACGCUGAGUUGUAAAGGUAGAUGUAAAUAUGGAGAUGUCAACUAUGUCCCCUUGUCUCUAGUACUUGAUCUCUUCUUUGUUUAGGGAAGGCACACAAAGGCUUGUUUGUAUUUAUGCCAAUUCUUUGUCCAGGAGAAACACAUCAAAUACUGAAUGUAACACAAUUAGCCCAAUAAAUUUUAAAGAUUCUUAUCUAGUA